GAAGGUGGAUACCGCUAUGAAGUUCCGAUAUCUGUGAACUACGCUUAUAGCUAGAGCUAUCACUGUAAUUUCUUGACGAGCUAGCGAACUGAUAUUCUGUCUCUUCAUUAUGCUCUAAAUGUUUUUGGAAAAAAGGCUGGCUUAUGGCAGGCCCGAUUUUUAAUGUCGACAACCGCAACAACAUACCGUCAUCGGGUGGGCCAGUAUAGUUGAAAUAGAACAAUAUGUAUUCGUGCGCCAACUGUCGUUUACUGAUAGCAACAUACCACAAACUAUCUGCUUAUAAACCGCAUCAAUUGUGUUAACUUGAUCAGCUAAAAGACACACGAACACAAAACACGAAUAAAGAAAUAAACAAAGCCACAAAUUUAAUCAUUUUGAUGUCGACCAAAAAUUCGAAAGUGAAUUUUUAUCGAACGAAACGUUACGACAAAAGCAACAUGUCUUCACUGCUUAAUUACAAUUUUGAGUUUGAUGUUCCACCAAUAUUCCACACCUUGCUGCUUGCAAUCAUGAUAAUGUGGAUGUUACACCGGUGGCAACAAUCUUCUAGGCUGUUUCGAUUGGGAAAUAAACUCCCUGGACCAAUGGCUUUACCUUUAGUGGGUAAUUCGCUACUGAUUUUAGGGAAAAAAGCUGAAGAUUUAGUAAAAUAUGCUCUGGAUUACUCUGAAAAAUAUGGAACUGUUGUGCGUGCCUGGGCUGGCCCAAAGCUCGUCGUGUUUCUAACAGACGCUAACGAUGUCGAAGUAAUUCUUAACAGUCAAAUUCACAUCGACAAGUCUCCCGAAUAUAGAUUUUUCAAACCGUGGCUUGGAGAAGGAUUACUUAUCAGUUCAGGUGAAAAAUGGCGUUCACAUCGAAAAAUGAUCGCUCCGACAUUCCAUAUAAAUAUUUUGAAAUCGUUCAUGGGAGUUUUCAAUGAGAACAGCAAGAGCGUUGUUAAAAAAUUACGUUCUGAAGUUGGAAAAACAUUUGACGUUCACGAUUACAUGAGCUGCGUGACAGUCGAUAUCCUACUAGAGACAGCAAUGGGAAUAACAAAAACGACGCAAGAUGCUGCGAGUUUUGACUAUGCUAUGGCCGUAAUGAAAAUGUGCAAUAUAAUUCAUCAGAGGCACUACAAAGUUUGGUUACAUUUUGAUGCCAUAUUCAAAUUGACUUCACUUUUCAAAAAACAGAGGGAGCUUUUGAAAACAAUUCAUGGUUUAACAAAUAAGGUUAUAAAAAAAAAGAAAUUCAUGUACCUACAAAACAAAGAAAAAGGCAUAAUUCCACCAACAAUAGAAGAACUGACUAAAAUAAAAGAUACAAAUGACAGCAUAAUGGAAGAUUCUGCAAAAACACUUUCCGAUACAGUUUUUAAGGGCUAUCGUGAUGAUUUGGAUUUUAAUGAUGAACAAGAUGUUGGCGAAAAGAAGCGUCUCGCUUUCUUAGACUUGAUGAUUGAAUCUGCACAAAACCACACAUGUAAUAUCAGCGACCACGAAAUCAAAGAGGAAGUUGACACUAUUAUGUUUGAGGGACAUGACACCACAGCAGCUGGAUCAAGCUUUGUCCUCUGUUUGUUGGGUAUUCAUCAAGAAAUUCAGAGUAAAGUAUAUGAUGAAUUAUUUGAAAUCUUCGGAGAUUCUGACAGACUGGUGACAUUUGCUGACACGCUUCAAAUGAAGUACUUAGAGAGGGUAAUUCUGGAGUCUCUCAGAUUGUAUCCACCAGUGCCGGCUAUAGCAAGGAAGCUGACGCGAGAUGUCCAGAUCGUUACAAACAACUACAUUAUACCAGCGGGAAGUACCGUCGUUAUUGGAACGUUCAAAAUUCAUCGUGAUCCUAAAUAUCAUAAGAACCCGAAUGUUUUCAAUCCAGACAACUUCCUGCCAGAAAACACACAAAAUAGGCACUACUACAGCUACAUACCGUUCAGCGCUGGGCCAAGAAGCUGUGUCGGUCGCAAAUAUGCUUUACUUAAACUGAAAGUGCUGCUCUCGACAAUUCUUCGUAAUUACAAAACCACAUCCGAAAUAUCUGAAGAUCAAUUUGUACUUCAGGCAGACAUCAUUUUGAAGAGAUACGAUGGCUUCAAAAUUCGAAUUGAACCAAGGAAUAAAAAUCAUUCAAAUACUGUUUAAAUUUAAGAAUUAAAUAAAGGUGAUUGAUUUAAACAAA